AGGAGGGGGAGGCUGAGACAUCGUGGCGAGGAUUUAACCUGUUGCUUCACAUUCGUUGGUCUGUAGACUUCGCGAGGCCCUCGACAUACUCCGGUCUCAGCAGGUGCACACAAAAGCAGGACUUCUCCAACACAACCUCUCCACCACCACCGCCGUCGCCCGCCCCUCCGAUGAUGUAUUCACGCCCAUCCUCCUCCAGCUCAUGCUCAUAUUCCUGGCAUCGCCGCCCACCGCCCACGCCAAACGGUUCGACUGCCAGAUGUUCUGCCGCACGACCGGCUUCAGCGGGAUGGUGGGCGGUUGCAGGUGCUCCUUCACGCUCUUCACUGCCAAGCGCGCCGUCAGAGACCACAACAGCGUGCCCGGCGAAGCAGACCCUUACUACGAGGCCGCAGAAAUGCCCGAGGGAAGCCUGACCGACCUCCUCCGCAUGGCCAGGGAGACCCACGAGACCUUCUCACGUGAGGACGCCCGUGGAGAGGGUCGCCGCCAACAGGCUCAGUCGCUCCCCCGCCCCCCAGAUGCUAAGCAAGAGGAAGGAGUUCGAGCAGGACCUUGACAACGGCGACACCAGCGACUACUUGAGGUUGCAUCCCGACACACUGCCGACAAUAUCUUUCCGCAUAAUAUACUCAGAUGUCCGCCAGGAAGUUCUCGAGAAGUGAUUGCAAGACAAAAAAUCUCUUGCUGAUUUUAAACAGGCUUAUUCCGAUACAGUCACAAAUAUUAUACUGUUAAACUACUCUACAAUGUAAUACAUAAUUAGCCAUUAUAUAGUUAAUAUAUAC